CUCUCUGCCCCUCCCCCGUUCAUGCUGUGUCUCUCUCUGUCUCAAAAAUAAAUAAACAUUAAAUAAAUAAAUAAAUAAAUAAACAUUAAAAACAGUGGGCACUUCAUAAAGAUCAAAGGCUUAAUUCACACACACCCCAAAUAUACAAGUGUAAUAUGUAGGCAUCUACAAAUGGAAUUUUGAAACACACAAAGCACAAAUAAUCGCAGAAUUACAGUUACUUGUCACAGAGAGCUCCAGGUGCUGGACACUUACUGUUUUACAGUGACUCUUGAGGCCGUGCCCGGGGCUAGUGUGUGACCUCGUGAGCAGGGAAGGGAUGCCCACCACGUGGAUUCCGAGGGAGGGAGGACAGUGGGCCUCCUCACACCCCCUUCUAGCCUCCCCCAUCUCCCAGGUCCUGAUGCCCCCCCCCCCCCCCGCCCCACCGGCAGCACUGACUUCCACGGACAUGUACAGCCUGUGAUUCAGGUGGUCUGGCCCAAAGGAAGGAACCCUUUUUCACUUUGCAAAAAAAAUGACCCCAGAAGGGGAGGGGCAUUGGCAGGAAGGAAGGAGAUGGGGCUCGAGCCCUGCACAGGGUGUGAAUUUGGGCGAGGCUCUCACCCUCUCUGGCCUCUAGGCCCAGGGUCCCCAGCAGUGGAGAUGCGGUGGUGGAUGGCUGAUUCCCAAGGGCUGCCCCGGCCCUGACAGCGUCUGCGUGCGAGGUUCCUUCUCUGACGAGGGCCACUGUUCUGACAUCACUGUCACCUUCCUGUCGGGGCCUCCUCUCAGUCUUGCAGCUCUUAGCUUCUGAGAGACAAACCCGGAGAAACAGGCUCCCCGGGGACCCGGCACCUCCAAGCCCAGACAUGCUUCUGCUGCUGUUGGCCCUGCUCUGGGGGAGGGAGGGGGCCGAGGGCCAGAGGGGGGCCGAGAGGGGCCCACAGGGGGAUUACAGGCUGCAAGUGCAGGACGCAAAGGGGCAGGAGGGCCUGUGUGUGCGAGUUCCCUGCAAAUGCUUCUAUCCCCGGAAAGGCUGGUCUGAGUCUACCCCAGCUCUCGGCUACUGGUUCCGGAAAGGGGCCGGUGUACAACAGGAUGUUCUAGUGGCCACAAACAACCCAGAUGGAAAAGUGUGGCAGGAGUCCCAGGGCCGAUUCCGCCUCUUCGGAAACCCCCAGGACUACGACUGCUCCCUGGACAUCAGAGAUGUACGGAGAGGGGACUCGGGGACAUAUGUCUUCAGGGUGGAGAGAGGGCCUUCUGUGAGAUAUACUUACACACGUGACCAGCUCUCCGUGCGUGUGACAGCCCUGACCCAGACACCUGACAUCCUUAUCUCGGGGACCCUGGAGUCUGGACGCCCCAGUAACCUGACCUGCUCUGUGCCCUGGGCCUGUGCGUGGGGCACGCCCCCCAUCUUCUCCUGGACGUCAGUGGCCCUCGCCUCCCUGGGCCCCAAGACCCACUUCUCCUCUGUGCUCACCCUCACCCCACGGCUCCAGGACCACGGCACCGACCUCACCUGUCAGGUGACCUUGCCUGGGACCGGAGUGACCACAAUGAGGACCAUUCACCUCAACGUGUCCUAUUCUCCGUGGAACUUGACCGUCACUGUCUUCCAAGAAAAUGGCACAGCCCUUGGAGAAUGGCUCAUCUCUUUCAGUCCUGGAGGACCAGUCCCUGCACCUGGUCUGUGUCAACAGCAACCCCCCCAGUCAGGCUGAGCUGGGCCCCGGGGAGCUGACCCUGUGCUCCUCAAAGCCCUGGAACCCUGGGGUGCUGGAGCUGCCUCGGGCACAGGAGAGAGAUGAAGGGGAAUACACCUGCUGAGCUCGGAGUGCGGUGGGCUCCCAGCACGCCUCCCUGAGCCUCUCUCUGCAGGGUGACUGUCCAGGGGCUGCACAGUGGACCCUAAUCCCUCAAUGCCAUUUGGCUCACUGGUCCCCGAGCAGGCAGCCCCAGAGCCCGCUGUCCAGUUGCCGGAAGGCCAGGGCACGGGGUAGCGUGCGGCUCAGGCACAUGGGGUGCCACAGCGGUGACGCAGGGGGGCCUGGGGGACCGAUGUCCAGAGACCAGCCGGGAGCAGAGGACACGGUGUAGCAGUCAAGCUCAUGAAUCCACGAAUCCAUCCUCCUUCGCCUCAUCGUCCUCGUGACCAGACCGAAAGGCCCCGGUGUCUUCUCUCAGACUGAGAUGCCUCAGGAAGGAGAAGCCAGGCCUGCAGGGGGCGUGGAGGAGGCCAACACCACCCCCAGUUAAUCCCUCAGGUGAGUGAUGUGGGCAGCUCACCACCCAACAUCCCACCAUCACCUCCUCCAGGAUGGCCCCAGGAUUGCUUCACUCAGCACGGCCGAGGUUGAGCUGCCACGUUCCUCUUGAACCUUCUUCUCCGCUGGGAUCCCCUCACAGGGCUGGCAUGGUCUCAUCUCUAAGGCCAGAACCGGGGGUGUGGUUCUCCACCGUGACCUCCCUCCCUUCUGCCUGGUCCACUACAUCGCCUGGUCUUGUCCGUCCUUCCUCUAAGCUCAUCCUAGCUCCCAUCUCGUCCCCAUCCUGACCCUGCUUGUUCCUGUGGCCUCCUCUUUUUCCCGGGCCUCUAACACACCUGUCUCUUGCCUCCCCCUCCGUCCUCAACACAUUGAGUCUCGGGACGCCAUUAUCAUCCACUUUCUCCACAGUAUGAAGACCUAGGAUUCCUCUCCACAGUCCGAACUGAGGGGCAAACAGGCUAGAUUUGAAGACCUGAUGUGGUCUCUUUCCCACUGAACUCUCCACCCAGGUCCCUACCUCUCCCUGCAUCUUACAACGUCUCCACACCCAGCCGGGUUAGGGUUUUCCUGACUCUGAGACUUUGCCUAUGCUGUUCCUUCUCCUGAAAUGCCGUUCCCUCCCCAUUCCUGCCUCUCCAAGUCCUAAUUACCUUCAGGAUCAGUCUUCAAUGCCACUCACCUGUGUGUGUGUGUGUGUGUGUGUGUGUGUGUGUGUGUGCAUAUGUGCGCACCUGUGUGCAUAUGUAUGGUUGUAUGGUUUUGAGUGGAAGAGUGAUAGCCAGUCAUUUACUCAUAGACUUAUUUUUUAAAAAUAUUUGUUUCUUUUCUUUUUUUUAAGUUUACUUACUUAUUUAUUUUGAGAGACAGAGGGAGAGAGCACCAGCGGGG